UCUCUUUCUAAAUCUCACCGGACGAGCUUUGGGGUCUUGGGCAUCCUCUAAGGAGAACUUUGCGACAAUUCUUCGAUGGGAUGAAGACUGCUCACGGAAUAAUGAGGCAUGCAAAUUCUGGGAGCAGGCUAGAACCAAAAUGCCGACGACAACUGCUUAAUGUGGCACCUACGGUCCGGCUCAUUGGAUCUCGAUUAAGUUCACUUCACGAUGGAGGUCGGUAUGUGUGCCUCAGCCACUACCGGGGUGGCUUAAAUUGGUUUGCCUUACCAUGUAGGCCAACUUUCACGUGUUUUGACGCCAGUCAUGUGCUGCUAAGGCUAGAAAGGGUUUCGAAACUUUCGGGUGGUAUAUUAGCCUUUCCUCUUCUGCUCUACCUUCCUCUUUUCAAGAGCGAAGCUAGGAGGUCAUCAAGAAUAUUUUACGAUCCAAUUUUAUGGAGUGGUGUGGAGUGGAGUGAGAGUAGCUUCAAAAGAGAUGCAGAAGGCUCGUCAUGGUGGCUGCUGUCAAACCGAGAGUCCUCAUCGUACAUGGAGGGGAGAUUUGGCCGGAGCGUUGGGAAGUUACCGCUAUCCGCUGAUGCUGUUCGUCACGUUGUUUCUUGAUCACACAGACCAUCCUCGGUCCAGGAUUGAAGCCACGCUUUCCACUGAGCGCUGGAGAUUGUCAUUCUUCUGAAGGAGAUGGACAUUAUCAUCAAUCACCGUUCUACCACCCACUCCAACCGCCGACACCUCCAACUCCAUAAAGGCUGAAGCUUUGAGAAGUUUGAACACAGCCAACGCCCAUGGAACAUCGCACGGGGAAGUGUCGACCACCAUGAAAAAGUAAUCGAUUUGUUGUUGAACCCUCGCCCAAACUCCACCCUGUUGAAGAAGAAAAG